AUGGCCUCGCUGAGCAGACGGAUACUCGAAUGGAUAUACUUUCUGAUUCUUCUCACCACUGUACUGCUUUUAUGGGGAUACGUCAUUUAUGCAACACGACUGGCAGCUCAGUGGCAGCUGAAGGAGGACUACCCCAUCCAAGCCCCCAAUUUUUGCGAGACGCUAAAGCAGGGAAACUUCUGA